AGAUUGAACGAAGUGAUAAGGAACGCCAGAAGUGUGUGGACAAUAUCUACAGUAUGAUGCUGAUUAUCUAAGGAUCAGAGCCUAUAUUGGACAUGGAUUGGAAAUUCUUGAUUUCCAUUCUCCUGAUCAUCUCAAACUAUGUGUCAGGUAAAGACCUACUGAAGCCAGUCAAUCCGAAGGUGGAUAUAUGGGACGGGAAAGUAAGGUUUCUCUGGGACCCCCCUGAAGGGGCCCCGCCAGUGGCUCAGUACCAGGUGCAGAUGGCCAGGUAUGUCGAUAGUAAUUGGACCAAUGUGACCAGCUGUGACAGGACCCAGCUGGCACAUUGUGACCUGUCCUACCUUAUCGAUGACUUCGUCAUGGUCUACAAGUUCCGGGUUCGACUGGUCACCGAGAACAGCAUCUCUGCAUGGUCACCACGGAAGAAGUUCAACCUCAAAGAAAGUAAACUGCAGCAUCCCUCCAGUACACUGUUGGCCACCUCCAGUUCAAUAACAGUCAGUGUUGACAGGAAGCCAUUACUAAAAAAGAUCUUUCCAUUUGGCCUGACUUACACUAUCUACCUACAGGAAAAAGGGCAGGACCACAAGACCAUCAUUCGGCAAUUGAAGGAUGAAUAUGACGAGGAUAAGGCAGAGGUUCAGUUCACGUCUCUUCACUGGGGUCAGGAGUACUGUGUCAGCCUCAAUGUUGCAGGCAAUGGAGGAGAAUUCACCAGUGAGGUCUCCCCUGAACAGUGCCUCCUGCUGCCUGAGCAAGAGUGGGAUAUCCUUGCUGUGGUGUCCUUCUCCAUCCUAAGUGUGUUGGGGGUACUGGUCAUCCUGGCCCUUAGCCUUUGCUGCUUCCUGAGGCAUCCUGAGAAAAUGCCUGUUGCACUGCAAUCCCCAGGCAGCGGCUGGCAGCCUCUCUGUGUGGGAGAGGUCCCAGUGGAGAUCGUCACAGACAAAGGCUGGUUCAUCAGCACCGCCAGAACUGAUGUCAUGGUCUGGUUGGCUGACGAGAGGACUACUCCAGCAGGCAAGGAAGAGCAGGAAGAAGGAGAGGACAGAAGAAUGAGUCUGGACAGUGGGACUUGCUCUGAAUCCCACAUUUCUGGGAAUGGAAACAGAGGAAGUCCGGCAAGGCAAGAAGACAGUGGCUGUGGAAGCCUGGGAGCACCAGAGAGUGCCGUCAGCAGCAGGAGUGGAACUGGAGAGCCCCCCCUGCUGGAUGGGAAGAUGAACACAGACAUCAGCCUAAAAGAGGACAGUGGGGUGGGGCUGGGCUGCCGGUCAGGGUGUUCUGGGAGUCUACAGGGGGAGGACUGUGGAAUCUUGCCUGAGAUGGUAAUGGUCACAGGGGAUGGCUACCGGAGCCAGAGCCCCUCUUCAGUGGACGCCCAUGUGUUUGAGACAGAGCAGAGUUUUCAACAAAUCUCAUGCGAAACAGUUAUGGCUGAUCCUGCUGUGGGAUACAGGUCUGGUCACAUGGCAUGCGUUUGUUUAGGGACAAGCCAAUGUGUUUGGUGCCAGACAAGAAGACACUAUGAGAGGAGUGUUGAUGGACAGUCUGUAGGUCUGUUUAGUUUUACAGAGCAGCAGCUACACUGCCGCAAUCUCACAGGUGACAUAUGCGAGAUGGAAUCUACAUGCUCCAGCUAUAAAAAGAACAAUCUCCACAUAGAAACAGUGGUAAACUUGGAGGACUCAGUAACCUUUUCCCACCUGCCUACAUGCAUAGGUGAAUCCUUCCCACUCCUGACGGCUUUAUCAGAUUUGUCCCUACUGGAGGGAGGACUGAACUGCAGCCUGAACACUAUGCUUCCUUCUCUGGGUGAUUUGGAAGUGAAAUCUGAUUGACAUGGUCCACAAACUGAGGACACUGUGUGAGACACAGAAGGGUUUGUUUAGCACUACAGAUUGUGGGGAGUCAUGCAAUAUGUCUAUAAACCCUUUGUAAACAGUAUGUCUGGAGCCUUGUUUUGAAAUACCAUGUUUCUUCACUAUAGUUAACUCUGAGGAGUCAAUUAAAGC